CCCAUGAGGGCAGCGGGGGAGCGCGGCGGCGGCGGCGGCGGCUGCGGCUCCUCCGGCGGCGCGGCGGCUCCGCGGCAGAUGCGCCCCGGCGCCCAGGCUCUGACGCCCAGCUCGCCCCGGCGGCUGGAGGGAGAUGCUCGCCCAGACCGCCGCUUCUGCGUGAGGAAGCACAAGGCACCAUGGUGAGUAAGGAGCCCAGCAAAUGCUUACUCACCGCCUCGGACAGCGACGUCGAGCCCGCGGCUUCCCUGGCGCUGGAGAUGAAAUACGCGCUGGAUCCCAACCGGCAGAUCAAGAAACGGAACAAAGCCCUCCAGGUGAGGUUCAAGGAUAUCUGCGAGGCCCAGAACGAGCAGAGGGACAAGCAGCUCUCCACCUCCUCCACGCAGGACCCCGACAAGAGGGAGGCCAAGGCCAUCUCCUACAAGACGGCCUAUCGCAAGUACAUGACGGUGCCCGCCCGCAGGUCCAUCCCCAACGUCACCAAGAGCACAGGAGUCCAGACUUCCCCUGAUCUCAAAAAGUGCUACCAGACCUUCCCUCUGGACCGGAAAAAAGGGAAUAUCCUGAAAAGCGCCGCGACUGUGGACACGUUACCGAGCGAGAACAACGGGUUCCUGAUCGAGGUGAAGGACAGGGAGGGCCGGGGCUCGGGCGAGGCCGCGGCGUGGGGCAGGAAGGCCGGCAGCCUGCAGACGGCCGAGUUCAUCUCCCACAUCUCCGAGCGCGCCGCGCACGACAACGGCGCCGAGGCCUGGAAAAGCAGCGAUUUGCACAGUUCUCCCAAAGAGCCUCCUCCUCCUCCUCCACCCAACUUGGCCGAGCCCGGCGAGGAGGAGCCGGCGCGGCCGCCCGGCCGGGGCAGAGCGGCGGCGGCGCGGCUGGGGGGCGACGAGGCCGCCCAGCCCCUCCACGGGAGGGUCUUCAAGACUGAAGUGGCCACCGUUUACCUGCCGGCCUCGCAGCCCGACCUGCCCGGCCUGGGCGACUGGGGGCCGUGCCCCGAGGAGGAGGACAAGAGGACGGUGCAGCUGAACGGGGUGCAGCCCCCGGCCGGAGAUGCCCGAGCGUGCGUGGCGCGGGCGCAGUGCCCGGCCCCCGAAUGUAGUGACCAGAGCCUGCAGGUCAACGUGGCGCCCAUGGAGGAGAGCCAGCCCUGCCGGACGGCCGUGGCCGUGAGCCAGGAAUGCCAACAAAUCGUGCCUCACACCGAAGUUGUGGACUUGAAAGCGCAGCUUCAGAUGAUGGAGAACCUGAUCAGCUCUAGUCAGGAGACCAUCAAAGUGUUGUUGGGUGUUAUACAGGAGCUAGAGAAGGGAGAAGCUCACAGGGAAGGGCUUUCCUAUCGGACCGGCCAGGACACGGCCAAUUGUGACACGUGCAGGAACAGUGCAUGCAUUAUCUACAGCGUGGAAUUGGAUUUUAAACAGCAAGAAGAUAAACUACAGCCAGUUUUGAGAAAACUUCAUCCUAUUGAGGAAACUCAGGUUGCACCUUUGCCUUAUUCUCAGGAGAGCUACUCCUCUACUCCCAAGCAAAAAUCCAAAACUGAAUCAAAAAAGCAUGGAAGAUGGAAACUCUGGUUCCUUUAACCCAAGUCCAUGACGUGUGGAGUUCAAGGCCUUCUUUGACAAAUAUUUGGAGCUGUAUCCAUCGUCUCUGACGGGAUCUUGGUGGAAGGAGCAGCAUCCUGGCCAAGGGCAGCGUCCAGUUCUCACCGCGUGUACCAAAAAGGCCUUUGUAGCGACGGACUCACGCCCAGGAGCACGGGCUUGGGAACCCCCUGCCCACUUCUACCUGCAGUUUGCCAAUGUGGGAUGUAAAACCUGAAUGGAAAUCUGGACAAAGAUGGGAAGUAAAACUGUUUCCCCCCUCUCCUCAGAUCCGAAAGCGCGGCGCUCCGACCCGUUAAAGCACAGGCCGGCAUCCUGCUCCCCCAGGAAUGGUGAAAGCCUUUUGGGGGUCUGGGUUGUUGUCUUUGGACAGCAACGAGGGGGGAAAAACAACAAGCAAGCCUUAUGUUUGCAGUGGUGUUGAGUUUUACAGUUCCAUGUUGAUCGGGGAGUGCAGUUUUCAGCACAGAAUUCCUGGACAAAGCACAAUUUUUCCCGCGGCCCGCGGCCGCGCUGAUCUCCGAGAUGUGACUGUGGUGUAUUCUCUGCCUUCAUGCGAUGUAGACUCCAACCAAGCUCUCACAUUUCAACAUCAUCUCUGGUUUAGCUGUGUCCUCACCACCAGAAGAACCACUCUGCUGCUCAGCCCCAGCGGGGCAGUGGCCAGAAACCUCCCAAAAAUCAGGCCCAGCCUUUAAGCACCUCCAGCUCACAGGGUCCAGGCCGUGGGACAACCCCUCAGCGUCACCUUGGAAAGGUCUCAACCACACAGGAACAAAACCCAACCCCAAAGCAGACCCAUCCCCAUCCGGAUUGUUGGCCUUUGCCAUGGGUUAGUAUUUUUUUCUAACAGUCUUUGGAAAACCUCUCCAAUACUGCAGAAGGCACCAGGAGAUGUCCAGGCUGCAGCACUGCUUGGAAGGAGCUGAAAUGGGAAAUGCUAUUUAUUUAUUUAUUAAGCUGCUCAGAUGGGUUUCCCAGCUUAUUAUAAUUUAUAAUCUCGAUCUAUUAAUUGUACUCAGUAA